AAAACACAGGCACACACACACACCUGCUCAUACCCAACUGUAGAAGUUAGAAGUGUGGACACACACACACACACAUAUACAAUCACCAUGGCGAGUGUUGCAAUGCUGCCAAGUGGAAUGGCAAUCUGCUGCUCCCUUCCUGACAUCCUCUUCCUACCUGAACUCGUGUUUGGAGGCUUGGUGUGGAUUUUAGUAGCGUGUACGUACAUCUUUCCUGCUAACCCUCAGGCGUACGUCAUGGCCGUGUCGUUGUUCUGCUUCUGCAUGAGCUUCAUCUGGAUGAUGGUGUUCCUGUGUGGAAGUCAUCACAACCGAUCCUCCUGGGCUACUGCUGACGUGUUGUAUCAUGGUUUAGCUGCUAUGCUGUAUCUCAGUGCCUCAGUCUUCCUCGCGCUUGUCACCAUCGGUUUUGGAACUAGUCUCUCGGUCCCUGGGAUGUCUGGCACUAAUCAAGACGAAAUCGAUGCCAUACUAAAAUUCUACAGACUGGACAUCUCUGCUGUGGUGUUCUCCUUCAUCACCACACUACUGUACACCAUCCACACCAUCUUCUCUGGCAUCCGCUGGAAGAUUUUUUAAACCAAGUUGUUUCAAAGAAAUGUGUGUGUGAGAGUCUGUGAGCGUUUGUGUGUGUGUGUGUGUGUGUGCGGGCGUGCGUGUGUGUGCAUGUGUGUGUGCGUGCGUGCAUGUGUGUGUGUGUGUGUGUGCGUGUGUGUGCAGGCGUGCGUGUGUGUGCAUGUGUGUGUGCGUGCGUGCAUGUGUGUGUGUGUGCGUGUGUGCGUGCGUGCGUGCGUGUGUAUUUCAGCCUGUCAGACAUUAGUCCCUGUAAUAAUGCUUGUGUAUUCAGGUUCCUGUAUUGGAGAAGUCGGAUUUUUUCCCGUCUUUACUCUGAUGAUUUAACUCUUAGGUCUCUCUGUCGCUCUGUAGGUCAGUGUGUUUACAAUCUUUUUACUUUAAUGACAUUUCACACCGAGAGAAAACUACAGAGGUGAAUAAAACUUUUAAAAUGAAAA